UUUUUUUUAUAAUUAUUUACUCCAAUUUCAACCUUCUACAAAACGUAUAAUUAGCCCAACAAAUUAAAUUGAAUUGAAUUGAAUUGAAUUACAAGUAUGUAUGUACUGAAAUCUGUGUUAAAUGCGAAUCGUUCAUGCAAACAUUUGUUGUGGAUUAUGAAACGAUACGAAACAAAACAAAACGAAACGAAAUGAUGUACUAAAUGGGAAUUUUCAAAUGGUGAAACACGCAAUAUUUUUGCCUUUAUAUCACAUGGCAUGCAAUGUAACAACAACAAUAACAAUAACAACAACAACAACAACAACAUCUAAUACAACAACAAUUUAUGCAAAUAUUCACAUACAUACAUGCCAAAUAUGUGCGUGUGUGUAUGCGAAAUGUCAACACAGAUUUGGCAGAUUUUGACUAUGAGACAGCGAUUUAUUAUGGCGAUUCAAAUGUGAAUAUUGGCGAGCCAUUCUCAAUCACAUGCAUAGUCCCCUUGGCCGAACCCAUAUUUUGGCUAAAAGAUGGCGAGCCAAUAACGCGACACAAUCUACGGCACGGACGCGAUGAGCACUCCUACACGCUGUCGGAGAGUGCCAUUGAGGGUGAGAAACACAAAAUCGAAGCGCAUCUUUCCGUGCGUCACGCGCUUAAAGUACACGAGGGUCAGUAUAAGUGCAACAAUUUGCACACAAGCUACCAUAUGUUGCACGUACGCAGCGCCAAUGAGGCGCCAACACACCCACAAACGUAUACACCAUUUGUGGUGACAGCGGGUGGCGUCGGCGGCGGUGACGGUGACGGUGGCCAUCUUUCAACGCUCUCGGCCUACGAAACGAUACACGAUCUGACACCCAGUUCGGCGGAUGAUAUUUUCACACGCAUAUGGGAGCCGCACAUGGAGGUGGACGUUUCGCCGGCUAUGCCACUGCCAACACAAACUACCACAACAACAACACACCGGCGACAACAUCAUCACCAUCAUCAACAGCAACAGCAACAGCAGCAGCAGCAAAGGCCACAACUUAAAACAACGAAAUUGGAUGAACAACACAAAUUGAUUUAUAUAAACGCCACAAACUUCGAUGGUAAUCCAUCCUUAACGCUGCCGGAUAGCAGCAGCGAAGGUGCCAGCAUUGGCAGUGAACUGGAUACAGGCCUUAUCAAUCUGGAGUAUAUAACGCCGCUAAAAAAGUAUGGCGAACUAACGACAGCGCCUAGUCGCGGUUACGGUAGUGGUGGCAGUGUCGGUGGUGGUGCUAACGCCAAAUAUCCACCGAUGCCGAACUUCCCACCACCACGCACAACAAUGCUGUCCACAACAGUGGCGCCAGUCGCGCAAUUUUUCACACCUCCACAUCAUCAUUUGGAGCAUCACGGUCACGGGAUCACUGCCAGCGGUAGCAAUAGCAAUAACAUGUAUAACAAUCCUUUGACAACACACGGCUAUCAAUUGGUUGAAACACAAUCCACAUUUCCGCUGCAAACAGCUUCGCCAAAUUAUCAGCAACCGACACAAAUGUUUACGCCGCAACAAAUUGGCAGUGGUGUGCAAACGAUGACGCCAAUGGAUGUUUACCAGCAGCAGCAGCAGCGCAAUCAAAUGCAAACCUAUCCACCGCAUCAGUUUAUAAAUCAGCAGCAACAACAACAACGACACCCUAUAUCCAGUGUGACCGCGGUUACGGCGGGCGGCAGCAUGUCGCUCCCCACACCUUUGUCACCACAACCCACUCGCAUGGCACAAGUGCCAAUCCGCAAGGAUACUGAAUUUUUGGUGCCAAACUACGAUAUUGCAGAACGUCAGUUAAAAGUAUAUGAAAUCAGAUCACCUCUAGUACUUAGCUGUAACAUAACCAAAGCUGGUGAUUAUGUGCUGAAAUGGGAAAAGAACGGUACGGAUGUUGCGAAAGUCAAAGAACUUUCAGGUCGUUACAGAAUUAUUGCGGCCGAAAGAAAGUUCAUAAUUGACCGAACAGAUAUUGCCGAUGAUGGUCUCUACAGUUGUGUAGCCGAUAAUCAGAAGAAAGAUAUUAAUGUAGUUGCUCGCGUUGUUGUACGAGUGCCUUCGAAUUCCGGUGUUGUAGAGGGUGAGAAAUUGUCAAUUGUCUGUACAUGUGUUGGUACAGAUCCACAAUUGUCCUGGAUGAUUGGUAAUUUGACAAUCUCAAACAGCACAGGUCGUUAUAUGUUGAAUCCCGAUGAUAAUCAAGUGAAAAACGCAAUUUUAUCUGUUGAAAACAUCAGCCUUGAUGAUAGAGGCGAAUAUAAAUGCAUUGGACGCAAUGAUGCCAAUGAGUAUGCCGGCUACGCUGAGGCUAGUGAUGUAUCAUUUGUUCGUGUUAAGGGCAAACUCGCCGCCUUGUGGCCUUUCCUGGGUAUCUGCGCUGAAGUUCUGAUUCUCUGUGCGAUCAUUCUCAUCUACGAAAAGCGACGCAACAAGAGUGAAUUGGAAGAAAGCGAUACAGAUCCACAAGAUCAGUAAGUUUUGUAGAAAGCACAGCAGCCACAGUUAUACCAGCUACCAUCAAAACCACCCACAUACAUACAUACAAGUAUAAACAGACAUAUAGUUGAGAUAAGUGUUACAACAACAUUAAGCAAUUAACUCUACAUGUACAUAUGUAGAACAACAGACAGUUAGUGGAGUAAAGAUUUGUUUUUUUUUUAAUUCACAAUAGAACAAACAAGAAAACACACACAGUUUACGCUACCAUUUAUGAGUUGAAACACACACACACAAACAAACAAAAAUUACAAUAACAGUUCUUACGUUUGUCCAAACCGCAAACAAGAACCCCCCCACUACAGUUAUACGCAGAAUAUACUUAUGUACUUUAUAAUUGUAAAAUAUAGUAAACGGACACUCAGACGCAACAACAAACAAGACAACUAAACAAAACAAUGGACAUAUGGAAAAUGUCGUUUGUCACAAAAGCAAAAUAUAUAUAUUUGGUACUAUUUCGUGAUUUCGUACGUUUUUUAUGUUAAUCGUUAAAAUGUCGCUUGUCGUUUGUAAAAUGACGAAUAGCGCGUAAUCAAGGCGUUAGUUUAUAAGCCUAAAGUUAAAAUUGCAUAAAACGUUGAUAACUUAACAAAUGCGUUUACAGAUUGCUCUAUGCUACUCGUUUAGUUCUAAAAAGUGAAAAAAAGUAGGAAAAGUAGUUAUGUAUUUCUUUUGUGAGAAGCGAACAUGUUUUCGUGUGUAAACUUAAAUACAAGACGUUGAGGGCGUACCAAAACAAAUUAAACGUUAUAUAAUAUGAAAUUUAGCGAAAA